GGUACACGCGCACAGGAUCUCUGUCCACCCGUCCACACUACCGUCCUAGUCAGACCCUUCUGGACCGCUGGUGUCUUGUUGUGCUUUUGCUCCAAAGUUGGGUCCUUGCGUGCCGAAGGCAAAGGCUGAUCGGCCCGGCAACAACCUUUCAAACAACAGCAGCAGCACCUUGUCCACCUCUCCGUGGCGGCGCUGGUUCUUCGACAAUGGCGGUGAUGAGAGCAGCAGCCGUUUCUGCUUGGUCGGGGGCUGCUGUGGUGGCUGUUCUGCUGAUACACGCUGCUGAUGCAUUCGUAGUCAACACCGCAGCAGUAGGAGCGGGGUCUAGGGCCGGGACGUACCCAUCUUGGGCUCAGACUCGCCUGGCUGGUCCGGCAUUGCGCAGCAGCAGUGACGCUCGCCGUGCGAGACAAGGCUCAUGCAACCUCGGGAUGAAGAUGGAAGUGGGGCCCGGGUCCUACGUGGCACUGGUGACACCGAUGACUUUGGAUGGAAUGAUCGACGAGGAGGCGUUGAGAGGGCUGCUCCGCUGGCACGUGGACAGCGGCACCGACGGCAUCGUUGCCCUGGGAACCACCGGAGAAGCGUCGGUGCUGUCCACGGCGGAGCGGCAGCUGGUGCUGGACAUCACGGUGGAGGAGGUCGGGGGGAAGGUGCCCGUGGUGGCCGGGACGAGCUCGGUGAACCCUCACGUGGUCAUCGAGCAGAGCGAACAGGCAGCGGAGCGGGGCGCAGACGCUGUGCUAGUGGUCACGCCGGCCUAUGUGAAGCCGUCGCAGCAGGGGCUCGUGAAGUUUUACUCGAUGGUCGCGGAUCAGGGGGCGCUACCGGUCGUUCUUUACAAUGUCCCUGGACGGACGGCAGUCGACAUGGGAACGGCGGCCAUCGCAGAGCUCGCCAAGAACCCCAGAAUUGUCGGGCUCAAAGAUGCAACGGGGGAUUUGUCGCGGAUCGGGGAGCUGAAGGCGGCGUGUCCGGAGGGCUUCCUCUUCUACAGUGGGGAUGACGCGACGGGGAUGGAGUACUGCUUGGGAGGCGGGAACGGGUUGAUAUCGGUAACGGCCGAUGUAGCGCCGCAAGAAAUGUCGGAGCUGGUCCAGGCCUGCCGGUCGGGGGACAGAGAAGUGGCGGAAUCGAUCAACAACAAGGUGAUCCAACUGCACAGCAAGCUGUUCGUUCAGGGCAACCCCGUCACGGUGAAGUACGCCCUGGCCAGGAUGGGGCGCUUGACGGACAUGCUACGUGUCCCGCUGGUGCCGAUGGAAGGCCAGUACAGAGAUGAGGUGGACCGGGCUCUGGAGAGCGCCGGCCUCUUGCUGCCGCAGCAGAGCGGGCUGUAGAAUGUUCCUACCGCAGCACUAUAAUAGGUUUUCCUUGGUGUUGACCACGUAGUAAUGUCGGCACAUAGUAGUGCUGCUGUGUGCAUUUUGUGCCGGCGAACAAGGAGAUAAAAAAAAAAGCACAGAAGAGGGGGCCCGGGUUUCCUGGAGGGAAAAGGCAUUGCGAGAUGGCCCGGCCGUAGUUUUUAUCAACAACUGGUUUGGUCCAGUCUUGUGCGCGAUUGUUUCCUUUUUAUUUUUGGCACCACUGCCUUCUGUGCGUUCUUCCCUGGCUAGCCGAGUGCUUGGACGGGGUGAUUUUGGCUCUCAUCGUUAGAGUGUCGCUGCUAUCAGAUUUUAAGCACAGGAAGUAUU